GGAGGGGCUCAAGCUCUGCAAGAGAACACUGAGCAUGCAUGAGAUGAAGAUGAAGGGACAAGUUAAAGUUUUAGCGAUCCUUUCGUUGCUGGCAUUUUUCAUGGCAGCAGGGCUGUUUCUCAGAGGAGUGGAUAUAAACUUCACUAGAUGUGAGUGCAACCUGAACACAGUGGAACAAUCUACCCACCCCCAAGAACAGCAAACAAGAAACGCCCACAAAAAGCUGCAGAACUUACAAUCAAACCCUCAAAGAUAUCUGUCAUACCAGCCACCUGGCAAUGGCUGGAACAAUCAGAGGAUUGCUCUCGAGAAUGCUCUGGUUCUUGCAAAUUUACUCAAACGUACAUUAGUUGUGCAUCCCCUUGCUCCUCAUGCACUUGGCAACAAAAUUAAAGCUGGGCAUCACAUACACCACGGCUAUGUUAGCUACAAUCUGAUGCAACAGGAAGAUCUACUACCACUCUCAAUGUUUAUGGAUCUAAACUUAAUGAGGAAGGGGACACCAGUGGUUGAAGUAACAACGACACACCCUCAGUUUUUGUCCGAUUUCUCUCACAAUACUUGGAGGAAUAUCUGCCACAGUGGGGGAUGGGGCUAUUGGAUGGACAGGGUGCCAGAGCAUACUGAGGAGGUUGCACUCUUCACUCAGCAAAAGUUUUCUUCACUUGGGAAAGUGUGGAGAGAGAAAUGCCCUAAAGAACAAACUCGUGGGGAGAGGACAAACUCACCUCUUGUACGCUAUGUGACUGAUUUGGAUGAGGAUCCAUCUGAGAUGCUGUACUUUGAGAAAGGUACUUUGUUUGGUAUUCACAUUCGAUUUUCGACUUACGAAAAAGCAUUAGCUGCUCAGAAUUUGGUUGUCAACUAUGUACAUUACAAUAGUGAGGUCUGGUCAACUGUGGAAAAGGUUGCUGCUAAACUCGGAGGAUUCUAUAAAUACAAUGCAAUACAAGUUCGUAGAAUUGAUCACAUGGCCAGAAAAUUAGCCCCAGCAUUUUGGAUAGACCAAAUGAUACAAAGAAAUUUCUCUAAAUCUGCUCCAGUUUAUGUAGCCACAAAUGAUGUGAACAUUGAAUGGUUUCAACCAUUUCUUGAAGCCGGUUUCAAGCUUCAUUUUUCCACCAACUUCAGAGAAUUCAACUUCACUAAAACACGAGAAUCAUUGCGAAUGGACUUCUUAGGAAUUCAUGAACAGUGUAUUUGUGAAAGAGCAGAUAAAUUUGUUGGGUCUCCUGCCUCUACAUUUGACGCUUUCAUUCUGCGCCACCGCGGUGAGGUGAAGACUCAGGACGGACUAAUGAUGGACACACUACACACCUACUGGAUUGGUCACCAGCUAAACAAGACCAAAAAAUAG